AUGCCUCCCUCACCCCGCCCCCUAACCCUCAUCGUCGCAACCACCCCCAUCCCAACCCCAACCCCAACCCCCGCCAGCACCACCGAGAGCAGCAGCAGCACCACCACCACCCCAAUCCGCCUCGGCAUCGGCCACUCCGGGACACUCCCCUGGCCCCGAAUCAAAACCGACAUGUCAUUCUUCGCACGGGUGACCUCCCGCCCGCCAGUGCCCGGAACCACCAACGCGAUAAUAAUGGGUCGGAAGACGUACGAUUCCGUGCCGGCGCAUCUGCGGCCGCUGGCGAAGCGCAUUAGCACGAUUAUUACCCGGGAUGUGGAGGGGUUGAAACCUCGGGUGGCGAGGGAGGUUGAGGAACGGAAAGCUAAGUUGGCUGCGUCUGCGGCAGCAUCUACAUCUGGGGGUACUGCUGUGCAGCCUGCUACGGACGCGAUCGUGUGCGGAGGUUUGAGUGAUGCGCUGCAGGAGCUGGAGACGAGGUAUGGAGAGGGGAAAUUGGGCAAGGUGUUUGUGAUUGGUGGGGCGGAGAUAUAUGGGGCUGUUUUGGCUGCGAAAGGAGGGCCGGUGAGGAUUGUGAUGACGAAUGUGGAGAAGAAGGGGUAUGCGGAGGGGGAUCGGGGGGAGGUGUUUGAGUGUGAUACGUUUUUCCCGGUGGAUGACGAACUGUUUGGGGAGAAGGAGGGGUGGAGGAGGGUUACGACGGAGGAGGUUACGGAGUGGGUUGGGGAGGAGGUUACCGGGAGGUGGAUUGAGGAGGGGGAUGUUAGGGUGCAGAUGGUGGGGUAUGAACGGGUGUAA